AUGUGGGACGGACUGGCGAUACUGCUCUUAUUGAGCAUUGUCAUGGGCACGGCCUCCUUCCUCGCCGGAUCGCUACCUCUUUCCUUUUCGCUAUCACAACGGCAACUGCGUCUCAUUACCGCGCUGGGCACGGGAGUCCUCGUUGGGACAUCUUUGAUUGUCAUCAUACCAGAAGGAGUUGAAACGCUAUACAGUGCGAGUGGAAGCAGUCAUGGCCACAGUGAGCGGAGCCUAUCACUUACUACAAGAGGCGCGACAGUACAGCCAUACCUGCAUGCUGCUGCGAUAGAGCAUCAAGUGAGGCAGGAGACGGAACCUCUAGCCUUUCCCGACCAAGCUAUAGACAACACCUUUCGAACAGGCCCAGACGAUGGAUUUCAGACCCCCAAAGAUGCCUCACACGCCGAACCACCCUCGUCGGAUCCAGGUCACGAGCCAGGCGUAGUGACACAACAUCCAAGCGAUCCCUCAACCGAGGCCGAGGACUCAGGACACGAUCCUCAUGCAUGGAUCGGCAUUUCUCUGAUUCUAGGCUUCAUCCUCAUGUACCUGAUUGAUACCUUACCUCGCCAGGCGAGCAGCUCCACAGCACCACAACGCUUUCAGGUAUCUCUCAACAACUUCAGCCUCAACCGAACGCCCUCCGCCUCGAACGAUGUUCCGAGCGACCCAGAAGCAGAAUCCUUCGCCACCAACACUCCACAGCAUUCCAGCUCUAGACCGAGUUCCACAACAGUGGGCCUCGUCAUUCACGCUGCUGCAGACGGAAUCGCCCUCGGAGCUUCAUCCACAGGACCUAGCAACCACCUAAGCUUUGUUAUCUUCAUCGCCCUCAUAAUUCACAAAGCUCCGGCGGCAUUCGGUCUGACCACCGUCCUGCUCAAGCAAGGCCUAUCUAAACGCAUGGCUCGCGCCCGCCUUAUCGUUUUCUCGCUGGCCGCACCCGUCGGCGCCCUGAUGACAUGGAGUGCCGUUCACAUCCUCGGCUUCUCCUCCAGUUCGCUCGGAGAGAGUGCCAGCACCGAGUUUGCCACUGGUGUCUUGCUCCUCUUUUCCGGUGGUACGUUUCUUUACGUUGCAAUGCAUACUAUGCAGGGAAACGCUACAGAUGGCCAUUUGCAUGAGGCACACAUGAUGAAUGGAUAUGCCGGUGUGCCUUUGGACGAUGCGUAUGCGGUACAGAGUCCACCCUCGCUAAAGCCGGCCACGACAGCUAUGGUUGACACGCUAGUGACUGUUGGUGGCAUGCUGCUGCCUCUAUUGACACAGUUUGGCCACGGGCAUUAA